AUGUUGACCGUGCAAGCACAAACAGAAAUCAUCCAAAAGGUGCACGGGGCACUGGACAAGUAUGAAGCCAAGCUCAGCGACAUCAACCAGAGGAUCUGGUCAACCCCCGAACUAGCAUUCAAAGAAUACAACGCCCACGACAGCAUUUGCACCUUCUUCGAAUCGCUCAACGAUGCCUACACCGUCACCCGCAAAGCCUACGGCGUCGAAACAGCACUAGAAGUAGCCUACAAACAAGGCAACGGCGGGCGCAUCGUCGCCUUUAAUGCUGAAUACGACGCCCUCCCCGGAAUGGGCCACGCCUGCGGCCACAACCUCAUAGCAACAAGCAGUAUCGCCGCUUUCCUGGCAACAGUCGAAACAAUGAAAGCUCUACACAGCAACAACCCCAAAGCCAGCUACGAAGUCCGUCUCUUCGGCACACCCGCCGAAGAAGGCGGCGGCGGCAAACUCCUCCUCAUCAACGCAGGCGCCUACAAACCCAUCCACGCCUGUUUCAUGGUACACCCCUUCCCAAUCCUAUCCGGUGCGCCAGAGCUGCUGUCAUCGAGUUCGUGUAUGGGUCAGUAUCUCGCGAAUGAUAAAGUCCGGGUGACAUACACUGGUAAACCAGCGCAUGCAUCUGCGGCGCCGUGGGAGGGUGUUAAUGCGCUUGAUGCGGUUGUUUCGGCGUAUGUGGGAAUUUCGAUGUUGAGGCAGCAGAUUCGGCCGACGGAUAAGAUUCAUGGGGUUGUGUUGCGUGGUGGGGAGAGACCCAACGUUAUUCCUGCUUCUACUACUGUUGAGUAUUAUAUUCGGUCCGGGAGUGUGGCUGAGUUGAAGCCUCUCACCGAGAAGGUUGUGAAAUGUUUUGAGGCUGCGGCUACUGCUACUGGGUGCUCGGUUGAGUUUGAAUGGGAGGCUUCGUACAAGGAUAUGAAAAUCAAUCUACCUAUCUGCGAUAGCUAUGUCUCUGCCAUGAAUGCUAUGGGGCAUAGUACUAUCUUUGAUGCAGCGGGACAGGCAGGUGGGCUGAGUGGGGGAUCUACUGAUAUGGGAAAUGUCUCCUAUGAAGUCCCCAGCUUCCACGGUGGCUUUUACAUAGCCACCGACGGCGUCAACCAUACGCCACAAUUUACGGCGGGUGCGGGUUCAGAGGAAGGCUUUAAGCGCAGCUUGCAUUGUGCUGCGGGAAUGGCGGUGGUGGCUUGCCGGGAUCUAGUCGAUGAUAGUUUUGCGAAGGCUGUGGAAUCUGACUUUGGUACAGAUAAUACGCUGUAA